CCCUCCCUUCCUUCCUUCCUCUUUCUCAGUCCAUCUGUUGGCUCCGAGAGAGAGAGCGAGCGAGCGUGGACCAUGUUCCCGGGAGUCAGUUGCCUCUGGGAGCCCGCCAACGCCUCCAACUGGAGCUGCGACCCCUCGCUGUCCGAGUACCGCUACUUCGGUGCGUCGCUGGGUCUGCUGGUGACUGCGGUGGGGGCCACCGGGAACACUCUGACCCUCCUGGCCUACGCGGUGGACCCCCGCCUGAGGAGCCGCUUCAACCUGCUGAUCCUGAACCUGACGCUGUCCGACCUGCUCUACAGCGCGUUCCUGCAGCCCGUGACGGUCGCCAGCUACCUGAGGGCGGGCUGGACCGGGGGGCCCGAUUCCUGCCGGGCCUUCGGCCUACUGGUCUUCACCUCCAACCUGGUCUCCAUCCUCAACCUGGCCCUCAUCGCCGGGGCCCGCUAUGCCCUGGUGAAGUGCCCCCGGGGCUUCCGGGAGGUCUCGGGGCGCCCCUGGGCCCCGCCCGUCUUCCUCGGCGCCCCCUGGCUCAUCUCCUUCGGCCUCCUGGCCCCCUUCUGGUGCGUCUACGACUUCCUGCCGAGCGUGUGCUCCUGCAGCCUCCACCCGACCCGGGGCCGGGCCUACACCACCGCCCUGCACGUGCUCACCUUCGGCCUCGGCCUGGCCUCCAUCGGCGUCUUCUACCUGCUCAUCUACCGCAAGGUCCGGUCGACCGGGAGGGCGGCGCGCAGCUACAGGGUGCCGCGGCCUGCUGAGGCCUCCAGCUCCCGGCCGGAGGGGCAGGAGGAAGAGGAGGAGGUGGACGGGGGGACGCAGGGGGAGGAGGGCAGCGAGGCCACGGGCUCCGCGCGGAGGUCAGAGGGCCAGCCGAUGGCGCGGAGGAAGCCCAGGGCAAGGAGGCGCGGCAGCUCCCCGGACGCCAGGAGGGUGACCGCCAUGUGCUUCGCCGUCUUCCUGGUCUACCUGGCGUGCUACCUGCCGUUCUGCCUGGCCAACCUGUUCCGCCGGGGCCUGCCCGCCAUCGUCCGCACCCUGGCCGGGAACAUCACCUGGCUCAACAGCUGCGCCAACCCGGUGCUCUACGCCGUCAUGAACCGGCAGUUCCGGGACGCCUACGGACGGGUCCUGAGGCUGCCCUGCUCCCUGUGCGCCUCCCGGGGGCAACGGGGACUGCGCUAGAGGGGGAGGGGAGCGGGGGGGGGGGGG